CUGGUAGGUGCAAAAAUGCAUCCCCUCAGUGCCCAUCCACAGCCUGUAAGACUUUACUCAAACCAGCGGAGGCAGGGGCACUGGCACGGAGCAAAACAAACCACUCGGCUGACAAUAGGAACAGGAAGCAAGAAAGGAAGGGCUCUUUCACUCUGGGGCAGAAUGGAAAGCUCAUUUGGAUUGUGACAAGACAGACACACAUAAGAACCGGAGACCACCUUUUGGCUAUAUAUCAUUUCUGGUUGUGAAAGUGCUUUACAUGUUCCCACGAACAAGACAAUAAGGAUACUCUGAGAGACUCUGUACAUCAAUGCAGGUUGUGAGGAUGAACAUCAGCCUGCCCAACAACUCCGUCCAGUGUCGGCGGGACACCAGCGUGACCUCCGUGGUCUUCCCCUGCCUGUACAGCCUGCUCUUCCUCUGCGCCCUGGUGCUCAACUCCCUGGCCGCCUGGAUCUUCUUCAAAAUCCCCAGUACCUCCACGUUUGUGGUGUAUCUCAAAAAUGUGGUGGUGGCCGACUUCCUGAUGACGCUCACCUUCCCCAUCAAGGUGCUGAGCGACGCGGGCAUCGGCUCGUGGCAGCUGCGCGUGGUCUACUGCCGCUACUCGGCCGUGCUCUUCUAUACCAGCAUGUACAUCAGCAUCAUCCUGCUGGGGCUCAUCAGCCUGGACCGCUACCUAAAGAUCGUGCGGCCCUUCGGCAAGGGGCCCCUGCAGCAAGUCAGGGUUGGCCAGGUCCUGAGCGCCGGUGUCUGGGUGGUGAUGCUCUCCCUGGCGCUGCCCAACACCGUCCUCAGCGACCGCAUGCCCCUGUCCCCCGGGGCCAAGUUCAAGUGCACAACCAUGAAGGGAGAGGCGGGGAUGGCGUGGCACGAGGGAUUUACCUACUUCGUUCUGGUGGUGUUCUGGUGCACGUUCGGGCUGAUGGCUGUGUGCUACACCUUCAUCAGUAAGAAGGUGUACGAGUCCUACAUGGCCUCCAGGAGCAGCUCCAAGGCAGCCAGCCGCAGCACCAAGGCCAAGGUGUUCGUGGUGGUGGUGGUGUUCUUCAUCUGCUUUGGCCCCUAUCACUUCGUCCGCACGCCGUACACAAUGACCCAGACCAAGGGCAAGACCAACCAGUGCGGGUCCAACUACGACCAAGCCCUGUACGUCGCCAAGGAGACCACCCUGUGGCUGUCGGCCACCAACGUUUGUCUGGACCCGCUCAUCUACAUCUUCCUUUGCAGCGUGUUCCGGAGGCGACUGACGGCCACACUGAGCCGCAGGCCCCUCCCACAAGACAUCGGGGAGUCGCCCACGGCAACCUCCACCCAGCGGGAGAUGUCGAUGAUUGUCCCGACAAACGUGGUGUCGGGCAGCGAACAUAAUCUGUGAACGUACCCCGUCUGGUACCGUUACCGUCACGGCGGGGAAGGUUGUGGUGGUUUUGCACUUGUAUAUAACAGUUAUUUCUUGUGUUAUGUAGGGCAAAAGGUUUGGAAAUGUUCCAAGGAUAUUUUUGUGUAGAAACCAAUAAAUAAUUAUUAAUAUUAAUAAAAAAAUUAACAAGUAAAUUAUUUAGUAUACUAGUAAGAAAGACAAUAUAGGCUUAUAUAUAUAUAGAGAGAAAUAUAUAUAUACAUGUAUCUUACAAUGUUUUUUUUUUAAGUUUUGUGCUACAUGAGACAGUGUGACACUGGUGAGAGCGUUUCUAUUUUUGAUCCAGAACAUCUUAUACAUUUCCUGGGCUCAUGCUUGCAACUUGUUAUCUUGCCUCGACUGCACUCCCCGUGCAAAUUACAGUGGGGGCAGAGUGACUCCAGCAGGAAGGAAGAGUGGAAUGGACGAUAACCAGGGUUAGUGUGUGCUUUACACGUUAUUGUUAUGAUAUGGGAAACAUCUUUAUUUCACGGUUAUAGUUGUAUCACGAUUGUUAUGGUGUUUUAUGUUAUUAUGAUGUGGUUUCAAUGCAAUAUCAUUCAUACUGGCAUCUGCGGAUCAAUAGGCCUAUAAAAAGUCCAACAAAUAAUGAAUCAAUUAAUAAAAUGUAUGUUACAAAAUAAUGACAAAAAUCAAAGCCUCACCACCGAUGGACAUUUGUGAUUGAAGUGCGGGCAUUAAAGUGCUUGGCUAGGCAUUUAUUUCUAAACCAUCAGCUGAAUUCUGAUCACAUGAGAGAAAGUGUGAUCGGGACACAUCGACUCCCCAGGAUGAACAGCAGAGGGCAGUGGAUUUCUGUUGGAAAAUAAAUGUUUUUGGAAAUAAUAA